UACAUCGGGCUCGGAGAGCCGACAUCAAUAAAUCUGGUUUCGUUUUCUACUUCUACUACUUCUAACAUUACGUUGAAUGACUGUUGGCGUUGAUACUUGUAAGAGGUCUCCGACCCAUGACACAAGUCAUCACACAAUUUUAUAAACAACAGAAGAUGAAGUCUGUCGUUUUACUCGUUGUCGCUGCAUUAUCUUCUCAAACAUGCCUUGGCGUAAAAUAUGAACCAAACUGGAACUCCAUUGACUCCCGUCCUCUACCGGCUUGGUACGAUGACGUUAAGAUAGGCAUGUUCAUCAACUGGGGAGUGUACUCGGUUCCGAGUUACUCUAACGAAUGGUUUUGGUAUUCAUGGAAAGGUCCGAAACCAGACCCGAGGGUUGUCAAGUUGAUGGAACAGUUCUACCCUCCGACUUUUACCUAUGCCGAUUUUGCUGCAGAGUUUAAGGCCGAAUUUUACAAUCCACUAAAAUGGGUUGAUAUCAUCAAAAGCUCUGGUGCAAAGUAUGUUGUAUUGAGUACCAAACACCAUGAAGGGUUCACCAUGUAUCCAUCCAAGUACUCUUUUAACUGGAAUUCUGUGGAUGUAGGUCCCAACAAAGACCUCAUCAAGUACAUAUUUGCCUACCUGGCCGGUAGUGAUGUACACUUUGGGAUCUAUCACUCUCUGUUUGAGUGGUUUAAUCCUCUGUAUCUACAGGACAAAGCCAACAAUUACACCACACAGAGAUUUGUCAAGGAGAAGGGUAUGGCUGAGCUGUACGAGAUCGUGGACAUGUACCGACCGGACGUGAUCUGGUCGGACGGAGACUGGGAGGCCCUCAGCACCUACUGGAACGCCACCCAGUUCCUGGCCUGGCUCUACAACGACAGCCCUGUAAAGGACACUGUGGUAGUCAAUGACCGCUGGGGUUAUGACAGCAGGUGUAAGCAUGGCGGAUUUCUCUCCUGUGAUGACCGAUUUAAUCCUGGCAAGUUACAGAAGAGGAAGUGGGAGAAUGCCAUGACCCUGGAUCGCUACUCCUGGGGGUUCAGACGCGAUGCUAGCAUUGCAGAUUUUCUUUCGAUGGAAGAGCUGCUGGAAACUGUGCUCAACACAAUCAGCUAUGGGGGAAAUAUUCUGAUAAAUGUCGGACCAACUGGUUAUGGAACAAUUUCCCCAAUCUACGAAGAACGAUUCCGUCAGCUGGGGUCGUGGUUGAAGGUGAAUGGAGAGGGUAUCUACGCCACUCAGCCCUGGGUCCAUCAGAACGACACAGUCACACCCAAAGUUUGGUACACAGCUCCAAAAGCAGACAAGAAAGCAGCCUAUGCCUUCUUCAUAAACUGGCCUGACAACAACGAAUUAGUUCUUGGGGCCGUCAGUGAAAGCUCCCUGUCUGGUGUCGCCUUGGUGGGAAGCAAUAAGACCUUGACUUGGGAAACUAGUGGCACUGGCAUCAAGGUCACGAUCCCACCCCAUAAUAUCGUAGAAAUGCCUUGCAUGUGGGCAUGGGCUGUGAAGCUAACAUUUAAAUAGACGUAAUGAGUGGAAUUAAUGCAAUAUAUAUGUACACAUUUUUUUCCUUGAGAUUUUCUUGAGAUGCCAUAUAUUACUAAAAGUAAACCCUUUCUGUGAUACUUAUAUUGAAUCCAAAUGAGUAACACCAUAUUACCGCAGCCAUUCCAUAGUUCUUUUUACAGACCUUGUUUCUUGUUAUUCUCAAGAUAUCAAAUUUUUGCAUUUUUCAUGAUCACUUUUAAAUUGCAAAAAAAUUAGCAUGCAAAAAUUAUAUUCUGCAUUGUUGGCUAUUUAAAAACUUGUUGAAUUGACUGUUCCAAAAAGAAAAAAAAACAAGUAACAUGUAUACUCCCAUUUUUGCAAAUUUUGUGAUACAUGAAAAAAUGGAUGUAUGAUAUUAAACUUGCCUAUAAUUUGACCAUUCCUAUAUAUAGCAAAAUAUGAGAUUUAGGUUUGUUAAAUUGGUCAAUCUUUUCCAUGUAGAAGUGCAUUAACUGAAAUCAUUAACUUUGCUGAAUACAUUUGCUCAAUGCCUGCUGUAAGUUUAGAAAUCUGUAGAUCAGUUUACAUGAUCAAAUAGAUAUAGUCAUUCAUUGUCUUCAUGUGUUUUCAAAAACUCUCUGUAUUUACACAUAUUGUGACAUAGAAAUGAUAUAUUUUUCUUGUGAAAAGCGUUGCAUUAAGGCUAGCAAUGUUUUUCUGUGAUAUGAAACCUGCAAUAUAGUGCUGCAAAAUGUGUUCUUUUUUCGUGAACUGAACAGGUAUAACACUAUUCUUUGAUAUUUUACAGCAAGCCAACAGGGGGCAUGGUUUAAAAAUGUUUUGAUGUAGCUGCAGUUUUCUUGUACACUUGUACAUUCCAAUACCCUUUUUGGUGGAAAGAAUAACAUGUUUUGAUAUACAUGUAUCUCAAUCUGUCGGCUUUGAUUUGAAUGACAUGGAGUUUGCUGUAUGUCUGUCUGUCUGUCUGUUCCAUUUAUAUUUCCUAAUUGUUCUAUAGACCCAUGAAUCAUCUGUUUUAUUUUUGUAUGACAUACUAAUAUAUGACAACAACAUAACAAAGAAACAUUUUUUCCCUUUUUAAAUUGAUCACCUUCAUACGCAAGUUGCACGUGUAAUUUUUUCUUCCGAGAUACCUGUAGAUAACCAUCAUCAGAAACCAAGGACUUUGUCUUGCUCUCUUUCAAGCCCCGAGGG